AUGCCAGAGUUGACAUUGUCUGAAGUAACACUUACAAGAAGAGAACAACAAGCCUUGAGAAAGGCAGCACUUGAAGCAGCACCUGUCAGAACUUUGAGAGAUAUUAGAUAUGUAUUAGAACCUUUGACAAUUCCUAACGUUAUGAAGUUGAAACAUAGUUCUGCUGUUAAUAUCACCAAGAAGAAGCAUAUACUCUUCUCUCAGAUAUACUCCUGUCAUAAAGAUAGAAGCUAUGAACCUGAAAACAGAGAAAAGCAUCCAAUUCAAUGUAAAUUGAAGAAAGUUAGCUGUGAGGCAACUCUCACUAUUAUUUGUUAUGCUGACAAGUCUCAUGUUUACGUGUUUGAUUUUAUUGCCAACCACAUCAACCAUAUUCCUGAGGAUAUUAAAACCGAUCUUGGACUUUUUCCUUUAACUCGAGGUUGUGUUGAUGAUAUUGUUACCCAUUUGACAGCCAGUCCAGGCUCAUCAGCUAGAAAAAUCAGACUUGAGAUUCUUCGCAACAUUGACCAGCAAGAUUAUUCUCUCAAUGGACGUAAAAUCAACUACUUUGAUAUUUACAACAAAAUACUUGCAAUCAACCAAACAAUCUUUCGUUUGCACGAGGACGACUUUAAGUCUAUGAAGAUGUGGUUUACCAAAAAACUUUCUCCCAAAGGUUUUAUUAUCUUUGAAGAUAACCUGCAGACAUAUUCGAACAAUGAGAGCCUGUAUGCAUGUGAAUUUACCUCGCCUUUCCAGCAAAGCAAGAUAAAAGCUGCAGCAACAUUCUGUAUGGAUGCCACCUACAGUAUCACUCAAAGAUCAGAUGACAUUCUUUAUACUAUUGUCAUUCGUAAUGAAGAACUUGAUCGUGGUUUCCCCUGUGCAUACAUGCUGACCAAUGACCAUUCCUUGGGUCCAAUUGUUCAAUGGUUGAAGCACUUGAAAGACAAUCAGUUGGUUGUAAACCCCUGGCAGUUUACUAUUGACUGUAGUGAUGCUGAGACAAAUGCACUCAUGACAAUCUUCCCUGGAUGCCAGAUCCAAUACUGUCUUUUUCACGUCAGUCAAGCAUGGUAUAGACGAUUAAACCUGAAAGUCAAGACAGGAAAUACUGCUGCCCAAAACCGUUUGGUUCGAGGAGAAAUGAUGGCUUUUCUUAAGCAUAUUAUAUAUGAAGAGCAUAUAGUUGUAUUUCUUGACAAGAUUGCCAACUUCAUUGGAAGAUAUCAGCAAAGUCAACCUGAUUUUGUCCAAUACUUUGAGACCAACUGGUGUACCAUGACUAAGUAUUGUGUUUGGAGUAGAGCUUUUCAUCAGCUUGAAUUCUCUCACAUGCUAACAAACAACUACAUCAACUCUUGGCACAACCAGCUAAAAACUCAUUUUUUAGGUCACAGUCGCAACAAAAGAUUUGAUCGACUGAUUUUCAUACUGACAAAUGAAGUAGAGUUCUACUUCAAAGAGGAGAGUAUCAGAAUCAAUAUGCACAGUGGCCCAAUGACAACUGCCCAAAGACAACAAAGGAAGAUAGAGAUGUCUGCUGACGCUGUUCCAGCAUACAUGCAUGCUAAUAUAAUUGUUAGCCCAUCAAAAGCAAUGUCUCUGAACACCACUCUUGAUGACACUGAUGAUAUUCUUGAAGACGGGUUUUGGUUCAUCGACUUGUUUACUGAAGAUGGUAUUACCUAUCAAGUUGAAGUUAACAACAAUGUUAUUCUUUCUUGUACGUGUUAUGCUUGGGCUAGGUACAUAAAGCCUUGUAAGCAUAUGUAUUUGCUCUGUAUCCAUAUGUCAGACUUUGCUUUCUUGUCUAUGCUUUCUGCAAAUAAUGUGCAGUCAAUCACAAUUUCUGGUAAGCAGUUCAUUAAUGACAGCACUAUGUCAAUUGAUGGCACAAUGGAGAGCACUGAGUAUAGACAUAAUGAGCAAGACUUGUAUCAACUGAUACAGUAUGCUACAGAAGAGGAAGCAGAGGUUAUCAGAGCAGCAUAUGCUGCUCCCAUAAAGGCUUUUCAAGAAAUCAAAUCUAAAUAUGAAGCUCAUUUUAGAACUUUAAAUACACAACGUCAUUAA